UACUCGAUCCGUUUUACCGGCUUCGUUUACUUCUGAUUGAGUCGGAGUGGAAUCACAUAGAACGGUAAAUGCUCAAUCGGAUUGUACUGAUGAAACCGGUUAAAAGCGGACUAGAAGAACCAAAUCGGAUCCCUUCUGUCCUCUAAAUAGCUCGCGACGAGGGUUGGGUAAUAACCCAUCGGCGAACUUGCGCGCUUGCCUCGAAUUCGAAAUCCCCGCCGUUGGUCUCGUUUCGUUUAUAGGGCGAGAGCGGAGCGCGCUCUGGGAAGCGCCAUUUCCAAAUGUCGCGGCGCAGCGGCGGAGGCCGCAUGAUCCGGGUGCUGAACGUGGCGGAGAAGCCGUCGGUGGCGAAGGCGGUGUCGGAGAUCUUGUCGCGCGGCAGCGGAGGGAUGCGGUCGAGGCUGGGGCGGUCGCGGUACAACCGGGUGUUCGAGUUCGAGUACACCAUUGGCAGUCAGGCGUGCCACAUGCUCGUCACCUCUGUCAUCGGCCACCUCAUGGAACUCGAGUUCGAGGACCGCUUCCGCAAGUGGCACUCCUGCGACCCCGCCGAGCUCUACCACGCCCCCGUGCGCAAGCACGUGCCUCAGGAUAAGUUGGACAUCAAAAUUACUUUGGAGGAGGAAGCAAGGAGAUGCCAGUGGCUUGUUCUGUGGCUGGACUGUGAUAGAGAGGGUGAAAAUAUUGCCUUUGAAGUCAUAGAAGUUUGCACAUCUGUCAAUGAUCAUCUCAACAUUUGGAGGGCUCAUUUCUCUGCAUUAAUCGAUCGGGAAAUACACCAUUCUGUGCAGAAUCUUGCACGACCCAACAAAUUAUUCUCAGAUGCAGUAGAUGCCAGGCAGGAAAUCGAUCUCCGAAUAGGUGCCUCCUUUACUAGGUUCCAAACUAUGCUACUAAAAGACUUAUUUGUUCUCGAUUUUGCCAGUGAUAAUAGGAGUCUUGUCCUAAGCUAUGGUCCAUGUCAGUUCCCUACUCUUGGUUUCAUUGUGGAAAGAUAUUGGGAAAUACAAUCCCAUGAAGCUGAAGAAUUUUGGACGAUUAACUGUUCGCAUACUUCAGAAGAGGGAACUGCUAAUUUUAUUUGGAUGCGUGGGCAUUUAUUUGACUACACAAGUGCUGUUGUAAUUUAUGAGAUGUGCGUUGAAGAACCAGCUGCAACUGUUAAAAAUGUUAAACACCAGGAGAAGUUGAAGUAUCCUCCAUAUCCUUUGAGUACAGUUGAACUUCAGAAACGUGCCUCCAGAUUUUUCAGGAUGAGUUCUGAGCACACAAUGAAGAUAGCAGAAGAACUUUAUCAGGCUGGAUUCAUUAGCUACCCUCGUACUGAGACUGAUGGCUUCUCAGUGAACACAGACUUACAUGCCAUUGUGCGGGAGCAAGUAACACAUCCAAUUUGGGGUUCAUAUGCGCAACAACUUUUGGAUGUAGAAGCAAGGCUUUGGAGAAACCCUAGCAAUGGUGGGCAUGAUGACAAGGCCCACCCUCCUAUUCAUCCAACAAAAUUCUCUGCUGGUGAAACAGGGUGGAGCCAAGACCACAAUAGAUUGUAUGAGCUUGUUGUACGUCAUUUUCUUGCAUGCGUCUCACAACCUGCAGUUGGAGCUGAAACUACAGUUGAAAUUGACAUUGCUGGUGAACAGUUUUCUGCAUCAGGACGUGUGAUAAUAGCUAAAAAUUACUUGGAUGUUUAUCGGUUUGAAUCAUGGGGAGGUAAUAUAGUUCCUACAUACACAAUCGGGCAACAGUUUAUUCCAACCAGUUUGACCCUUGAUUCAGGGGUGACCAGACCACCUCCUCUUCUAAGUGAAGCUGAUCUACUUAGUUGUAUGGACAAGGCAGGAAUUGGCACUGAUGCGACAAUGCACGAUCACAUUAAAAAGUUACUUGAUCGGUGCUAUGCAACAAAAGAUUCAAAUACUCGUUUCUCACCGACAAACCUAGGUGAAGCAUUAGUGAUGGGCUAUGAUGAGAUGGGCACCUAUAUGUUCAAAGUCUACAUAGUUGCAAAGUUUAUGGUGUUGAAGCUUCUUGUUGCCUUCUUUAAUAUUGGUUACCUUAGUUUAAAAAGGUAUGAACUUUGGAAACCCUAUCUCAGAGCGAUGAUGGAGUGUGAUAUGAAAGCAGUAAGCAUAGGUACAAAGAGGAAAUCUGAGGUUUUAGAGAGCUGCUUACAACAGAUGAAAGCUUGUUUUCUAGAUGCAAGGCGAAAUAAAGUGAAACUCCUGGAAGCAAUGGGUUUAUUCUUUGAGAGAUCUGCUGGGGAUGCACAUAAUGUUGGAGAGACUGUAAGGCCAUGUAGUUUAUGCAGUGAAGCUGACAUGGUGCUGAAGCGAAGACUGAAUGGUGAUUAUAUGGUGGGAUGUUUGCGCUUUCCUAAUUGUAGGAAUGUAGUAUGGCUUCCAGGAUCAAUAUCAGAAGCAGCUGUGACCAAUCAUGUUUGCUCCAGUUGUGCUCCAGGUCCUGUUUACAAGGUUCAGUUUAAGUUUCGAAGACUGGAGAUUCCUCCAAAUUAUGAUGUUGAUCAUUUGGUGAUCUUUUUGCAAUUCUUGAUCCAAAACUUAGGAAGUAGAGAUAUCCCAGAAGCACCAACUACGUGAUGCACAAAGGUUAAAGACCAAAGCAUGCCCAACAUGAUGAAUCGGUUUAUUCUAAACCUGCAACAUGUGGUCUCACCAGUGUUGGAUCAUGACAAACUUGAAACUUUCCAGUAUUGAAGUACUGGGAGCUGUUGUACUACCAAGAAUUAUGAAUCUGCCAUUGCAACAGUAAUCAACAUUUAGCUUGUAAGUGUUCUUGUUAAGUUUGUUUUGGGUCUUCUUCAAACACUGUCUAUAUGUUUCACUAAUGAGAUUUGAAAUAGUUGGAUUUGGGAAUUGUUACAUCAUUUUGGAUAUUUAACUAGUAAAUGGAUUAUGGAAUGUUCCUUUUAAUUACUCUAGAAUCAAUUUUUUACAUGAUUUUGUCCUCUGUCCAGCCUCCAUAUUACUGCUAUAAUGCUAUUAACCAACAAUAACAAACCGUAAUGUCCCAAAUAUCUAGGGUCAGCUAGAUGGAUCUGUUGCCAUGUUUCCAUCAUUAAGUCAUAAAAAAUUAUAUCCUUAAUUCAAUAAAGAGGAUUUAAAUCUUUAUUUAUAUUUUCUAGUAAAGUCUUUUCAGUUGGGACUUUACAACCUUGUUGUUGUUGUAAAGUCUUUUCAGUUAUGGGGCUUUUUUGUGUUUGAAUAAAGUUAAUCAUAGAAUUUAGUGAUGUCAAAUUAGAAUUCAAGCCAUAUUUAUGAUUCAUCUUCUGGAGAACACACAUGAUUUUCAUCCGAAUAUGCUGUUCUGAAACUCUACACCAUAUUUGAUACACUGAUUAUCUUCUAUCAAGCAAGGCAGAUGGCAAUUGGCAUACUUCUUCUAUGAAGCUUAUGGCAUUGAGUGUACAUUAUAUCCUCUUUUAUUCAAUUAUUGUACUAACAUU